CUGCUUUUCUCUCAGUAUCACAGCUUAAUUCACUCUUACACAUACAAGCACUGAGAUGGCAGCUGACCAGAGAAAAGAACCAGGCGUUGUGAUUAAAGACAGCUGGUCAGGUUACAGUUUGGAGCUGUUUAAUUAUCCUGAGCAUUAUCGGGGUGAUCUGGAGUGUGUGUACAUCCCUCAUGGAGUCAUUAUGAACAGGAUUGAGUGUCUGGCCAGAGACAUCCUUGAAGACAUCGGACAUCAUGAUCUGAUGGUUCUGUGUGUUCUGAAGGGAGGAUAUAAGUUCUGUUCGGACCUGGUGGAGUCCAUUAAAGCUCAGAGCCGCAGCGCCAACAGAAGACUGACCACCAGAGUAGAGUUCAUCCGCUUCAAGAGCUAUAUGAAUGACAAGUCCACUGAAGAUAUGCACAUAAUUGGACCAGAUGACCUCUCUGUGCUGAAAGGCAAGAAUGUCUUGAUUGUGGAGGCAAUAGUGGACACAGGAAAGACCAUGAGAGCCCUUCUACAGCACGUGGAGACUUUCCAGCCCAAAAUGGUUAAAGUUGCAGGUCUUCUGGUGAAGAGGGUUCCUCACGGGGCGGCGGAGCUCCCAGACUAUGUUGGAUUUGUCAUUCCUAAUCGUUUUGUGGUGGGUUACGCUCUAGACUACAAUGAGUACUUCAGAGACCUCAAUCACAUCUGCGUCAUCAGUGAGACGGGGAAGCAGAAAUAUAAAGUGUGACAAAACUCCUUUCAAGAGGAAUGGACAUUUCUAUUACCAUAACAGAUGAAAACCUCGUUGUGACAAAAGAUUACUGUAACACAUGCUGAAUUAUGUUUGAAAUAUAAUAUAAUAUGUUUUGCAUGUAAGUCACAUUGCAAUACUAACAUGAUAUGAUGUGGAAAACAGACUUACUGUGUGUCAUUUUAUAUGCUGUGUCAGUUUAAGAGCCCAGCUGUUCAUUUUUGUCCUCUUAGAAGACAUUUGUUUAAGAGAGCAUCCAUGCCACUGAGGACAUCUCACGCUUGUGGGUUUGGUGAUAACAACUGUUUUUCCUUCUUUUGGUUUAAAAAAAAAUAAAUAAAAAAUUCUGAAAUUUCGA